UACGAAGGCAGAAAGAAGGGGAGAGACCCUGGAAUGACCAAUACUUUUUUGUGGUGCAUCUGUUGUUUUGUAGCCUCACUCAGUCAGCAAUUCCUCGCCGUGUUUGUUGCUUUCCCGGGUAGUGUUGUUCCUGCUGCUGUUAUGGCUUUGCAACGUCAAGGUGCAAGGCGUGAAGGUGGAAUGGCGGGACAACGAACGGUUCGUACAGGCACCCUGCAAGGUCCUCCAGGAGCAAUGUCCUGCGUGCAGAUUCGCAUAGCUGAAAAGUACACGGCACCUUCUCCGGUCUCGUUGCCGCUACAUUUCAGUGCGUUUGUGCAGUCUCCUUUGGAGAAUGCGCCGGUGUACACAUUUGGCCUGGAGUCUGAUGUACUUCGUCGAGCUGAGAACCGGCGUCGAGCUGAGGAAGCAGAGCGGAGAAGUCAAGAGCAGAGAGCGCAGGCGGAGGCAGCCAGUCGUCCCGUCCCCAUGUCAACAAUCAUGCCCUCAGGCAUACUUGAGCCCGAGCGACCAGGAACAAGUCGGACCUUGUCUCAGGAGAACGACCGACGGAACAACCCAGCCAGCUGGAGUCUGCGUGACUUUGAGACACAGGCCACCGACCCCUUCGAGAUGGCCGAGCUGAAGACAAUAGACGUCAUGGCCGAGCUAUCAACGGUGUUCCCGUCGCAAGCUCCCGCUCCCGGGACCACUGCCCAGCAAGGCACGCCGUCCCCAGCCGCUGGCGCCGCCGCAACCUCUGGCGGCUCAUCACCAGUGAAUGGGGUGGCAACGCUGGGUACGGCAACGGCAUCGUCAGCCACGGCCGAUGCACGGCAGCAGCCGCAGGCAGUGCCUCGUGCCACCGCUCGACCCGCUGGUGGUGUUGCAAUGCCCGGCCUCCGAGCACCAUCGCCUAACAAUGCACUCACUACGACGGCGGUGACGACUAUGACCGAUGCGGGUGCUCCCGCAGCGGCAGCAGUAGCGAGCAGCGGAGCGGCUGGACAGGCUACGCUGUCAGCGUGUUCGAGUGGCGCCCCCGUACCGAGUCCUCGUCCCCGACCCCGACCGAGGGCGUCACCAGGAGCUAUACCGAGCUCCGGUCCUCCUCCGCCGGCAUCGAACAGCCCAGAAACGCGACAGAUGAUGCUGCCCAUGCCCCAGACAGCGACAACAACGGCAGCGGUACACCCGCCAACUGGCAAUGUCGCUGCUACAACCACCUCCCCGGCUAUGUUAUCAUCGUCCACUGGCCCCACACCGGCUAACCGCUCACCGCAAGCGCGCCCUCGUGUACCGUCACCCGCUGCCGCUGUUGCCACCGGUAACCCACAAGGUCCGCCACCAGCCUACACAGCUACAGUUUCUGGUGGUACCGCUGCGCCCAGUGUGACCGCUAUGUCAGCUGGGACUGGCGAUGCAUUCCCGCCACCGUACCCUAUGCAGCCGCCAGCGAUGCAGCCACCACCGCCCAACGAACCCAGACUGCCGGCGCGAGUAGCACCACCGCCCCCGUACAUGGCGGCCACGAACGGCGACUCUGCAUGCGGCGGUGUGACGGCAUCGGGCUACGUACACAGCGACUACGCACUACCGGACGUCUACUCGCAGCUGAAGCGCCAGGAGAAGAAGCUAGUGGACCAGCUGAAGCAGAUGGGAUUCCCGCAGGAUCGCUUGUCGCGCGCUGUCCAGCGCCUCGGGAAUGAUCAAGCCAAGGUGUUGGAGUUCAUGUUUCAGAUCAACAAGUUUGGUGAAUCGCCGCACAAUUUCCCACCGGACUCGACAGAAACGGCGCUGGUCAAUAACGAAUGCUCCGAGGAGAAGGCAUUAGCAGCCCUGAAGCUGGUCUUUGAGCUGCGGGAGAUGGGCUUUGCCGAGGCUACCAUUCACAAGGCCCUGAAGGAGGCCAGCAACAAACGCGACGCUGCCAUCGACUAUCUCAUCAGCCACGCGUGAUGCUCUCUCUUUCUGCCUCCGAGGUGAUGGUCACGGUGGUGGUGCUCGAGUGUUCCCAGCCUAGCUUGCUUAUUGUCAGGUCUCGACUACUGGGCCUGUGAGAAGGUUGGCUGCGUGCUGCACUGCCUAUGCGGAGCGUUUCCGUUAUGCCAGUGUCCCUGGUGUGCUCAUCCAGCGCUGCUGCUGCUGCAGCUGAUUCAAGUUGAAAUAUGACUACUGUAGUCUGGUCUGAUCCUGAGGUGAUGCAUGUGUCCACCAUCCUCCGCGCACACCCCACUGCUGUGUUUGUUCUAGCAUCUCGUCGUGCCGGGUUGUUUGCCGUUUUACGCGGUGGUGGUGGUGCUGCUGCUGCUGCCUGCGCGCAGAGAGAGCGAGUGUGUGUGUGUGUGUGUGUGUGUGUGCGUGAGAGAGAGAGAGAGAGAGAGAGAGAGAGAGAAGAGAGAAGAGAGAGAGAGAGAGCGGGAGCUACAGCACCUGCAGCACCACGAUAUCCGUACUGUGCCCCCGCUUCAUUCUGCAUCACGAUCAAAACGCAGCAGCCAACCUCUUACACCGUGCAUAUUGUCUGCCAAUUGUAUUUCUCUAUAUCUGCCGAGACGAACAAAUGAACCUCUGUCUUAGAAGCACCGCAGUUUUUACUUUACCUUUGAUGAUUUGCCUCUGCUGUACUACUGUAGCUCCCUCCGCCUAUUUUAUUACUGCCUGGUGUUGCCCGUUGUACCGAUUUACGCUCGUCUACCUAUCAUCGUAUGCGUGGCAUUGCCAUUGGCGGGAGUGCUGUUCACUUGUUGGCGAAAGCACCAGCACGCUUCGUAACGUUAUUGCUUGGAACUGUUAUCCCUGGGAGGAGAAGAUCCUAGCUGACAGAAGCUACGCAGGCUGUAUUUCCACGAAAUCAUUUCUUUUCUUCUUCUUUUCUGUUGCAUUUGACGAUAAUUUACCAGCGCAUUUUGCCAAAGACCUCUUUGUAAUUAUUUCUGUGGUUUAGGAGUCUUGUGUCAAAAGUGCCACUUUUUAUAUAGUAUUACAUUUUCUCCGCUGCUCCUCAUACAUCUUCGAAUCACACCUGUAUAGUUGCUAUGGCCAUGUCAUAAUAAUAAUUUUAACAAAUCCAGUAUUCAUGUGUUCUACCAUAAAAUAUGUUUUCCAAAAUUC